AUGGCCUCGCACGAAAACAACUCGGUGUAUGCCGAUGCCAAAGAUUCGGCUGCGAUAGCUUCACAGCCCAAGAAUGAAUUCAAAGAUACCAAGGCUUCCGACGCUGAGCAGAGCCUCGCUGAGGGCUCGGAAACCCGGGAACUGAAGCGCAAGCUGAAGAGCAGACAUCUGCAGAUGAUCGCAAUCGGUGGAACUAUUGGCACAGGACUGUUCAUUUCCAGUGGCACUGCUAUCGCAGAAUCUGGCCCUGCCGGAGCGCUUAUCGCCUAUCUAUUCGUCGGUUCCAUCGUCUACUCUGUUAUGAGCUCAUUGGGUGAAGUCGCAACCUUCAUCCCGAUUCCCGGUGCCUUCACAUCCUACGCCGCCCGCCUGAUCGAUCCGAGUUUGGGUUUCUCCAUGGGUUGGAUCUACUGGUUCAACUGGGCCUCGACCUUUGCGGUGGAAUUGACUGCGACGGGAACAAUCAUUCAGUACUGGGAUCCGAGCCUGAAUAUCGCCAUCUUUAUCGGAGUCUUCUGGGUCUUUAUCACCGCAUUAAACUUCCUGCCCGUCAGUUUCUACGGCGAGUUGGAGUUCUGGUUCUCCACGAUCAAAGUCGCCACGGUGAUCGGGUUCAUGAUCUUUGCCAUCUGCAUUGAUCGCGGAGUAGGAGAUCAGGGUUACCUUGGCUUUAAGUACUGGCACCACCCGGGAGCAUUCGCGACCUACCUGGUUGACACACCGGAAUCCGUCGGCAAGUUCGUUGGAUUCUGGGCGGUCCUAAUUCAAGCUGGUUUCUCCUACCAGGGCACCGAGUUGGUCGGUGUGGCCGCCGGUGAAACCGAAAACCCUCAGAAGACCGUCCCUUCCGCCAUCCGCAAGACCUUCGUCCGAAUUCUCCUCUUCUUCGUGCUCACUAUGUUUUUCAUUGGACUCGUCGUUCCCUACGACAACCCCAGACUGGCAACAACGACAACCAACGCCUCCUCUUCCCCGAUGGUCAUUGCAGCUGAUCUGGCCGGUGUGAAGGUACUUCCCAGCUUGAUCAAUGCGGUGCUUCUCACUGUGGUCUUGUCGGCAGCGAACUCCAACGUCUACAGCGGUAGUCGAGUGCUGACCGGAUUGGCCAACGAAGGUUUUGCUCCCCCUUGCUUCGGCUGGGUCACCAAGUCGGGUGUCCCAUACAUCAGUGUCGGCUUCACUGCCUUGUUUGGUCUGCUGGGUUUCAUGAAUGUCUCCAACGCCGCCGGGCAAGUCUUCAACUGGCUGGUGAACCUCUCCAGCGUGGCGGGCUUUGUAACAUGGGCUUGCAUCAACGCUUCUCAUAUUGCAUUCAUGCGCGCGUUGUCAAAGCGUGGUAUCUCUCGUGAUGACCUCCCUUACAAAGCCAUCCUACAACCUUAUUUGGCUUGGUACGGGUUGUUCUUCAACGUCCUCAUCGCUUUGACCCAAGGCUUCACCUCUUUCAUCCCGCAUUUCCGAGUGACGGACUUCUUCGUCGCCUAUAUCUGUAUCAUCGUCUUCGUGGUGCUCUAUGUCGGGCAUAAGAUUUUCUAUCGUACGUCCUUUGUGCGUUCAGCCGAUGCUGAUCUCGAUACCGGUCGCAUGCAUUUUGAAAAGGAAGUGAACCCUCCGAAGGCCUGGUACUGGAGGGUGUGGGGCUGGGUCACUACCAGUCGCCGAGCUGUCCGUGAUGCAUUUUCUAUCUCUCGUUAUUAG